AUGAACGCCGCAAAGAACAUGUCCAAGUCUCUCCGUCACGCAAAGAUCACUCCUCAUCGCUCCAGCAGCCGAGGUCACAGUGAUCAUGGCUGGUUGAACACCUACCAUAGUUUUUCCUUCGCCGACUGGUAUGACCCGAGGUUCAGUCACUUUGGCUCUCUCCGAGUCCUCAACGAGGACCGAGUAAAGGCCAAUUCGGGUUUCCCAACUCACCCUCACCGGGACUUUGAGAUCUUCAGCUACAUCCUAUCAGGAGAGCUCACACACCGAGACUCAAUGCUCACCAAGGGCAAGGAGGGAGGACAGUCUGACAAGUUCUACCGCAUGCAUCGUGGAGAUGUCCAGUUCACCACUGGUGGAACUGGCAUUGCCCACUCCGAAUUCAACGAACACAAGUCAGACACUGUUCACUUUCUUCAGAUCUGGGCCAUCCCCUGGAAGCGUGGUCUUGCUCCCCGAUACCACACCCGCCACUUCAGCGAUGAGUCCAAGAGACAAGAUUUUGUCAAGAUCCUGAGCCCUCUCAAGGGAGGCGAGGAAGCUACAGUCCAACAGGAGAAGGACGCUGAGCCUGUCAUCCCCGACACAAUCCCCAUCCACGCCGACUUUGUCAUGGCGGCCGGUAUCAUCGAGCCAAGCAAGAAGUUUGAGUGGACCGUUGGUGGAGGCGCUACUGAGCAAACAAAGAGAAAGGUCUAUGUGCAUGUGCCCAUGACCAAGGGAGGAAAGGCCAAGAUCCGUCUGGAUGGCCGGGAGGAUUCCGAGAUUCAAGAGGGUGAUGGUGCCUUCAUUGAUGGUGUCAAUGCCGGUGAUAAGCUCGCCGUUGAGAGCAUUGGUGAGGUCGAGGCCGAGGUUGUCGUUCUUGAUACUGCUUAA